ACACAGCAUUCAGUCAAAAUGGCAGGAGACUCGGAAGCCAAGCUCCGACAGGUUCUCACACACAUCCGAGCUUUUCCAGACUUUCCGAAGAAAGGCAUCUUAUUCAGAGAUAUCUGUCCCAUUCUGAAGGAUCCAGCCAGUCUGACAGCAGUAAUCGACCUGUUUGAAGAACACGUGAGGAAGAAUCACCAGCAGGUUGACCUAAUUGUAGGUUUGGAUGCUCGUGGAUUCCUGUUUGGGCCUCUGCUCGCCCAGCGACUGGGUAUUGGCUUUGUCCUGAUCAGAAAGAAAGGCAAGCUGCCUGGAAACACUGUGUCUGUGGUAUAUGACUUGGAGUAUGGGAAGGCAGAGGCAGAGAUCCAGGUGGAUGCAGUGGCUCCAGGACAGAAGAUUCUGCUCAUUGAUGACCUUCUGGCUACUGGAGGUACAUUGUAUGCAGCCUGCGAGUUGAUGAGGAAGCAGCAGGCUGAGAUUCUGGGCUGCAUGGUGGUCAUCGAGCUCAAAGAACUGAACGGCAUUGAGAAACUGAAACCACACACUGUGUUCUCUCUGGUUCAAUACUGAGGACCACUGUAGCUGCCACACUGGUUGUAAAACCUAUGUUCGUCAGUCAGAUGUGUUCCCAGUGUCACCACUUUGAAAAAAGAAACCUCUUCGGUCCCCACACACGUUUGAUGUUUUUUCAUUUCAAUCAUGUAUUGUUUGCAUUGUCAGUUGGUGCUAAAAUAUAAAAUGUUUUGUAAUUCACACAUAAAUCUCUUAACGCUCUGGUCCAGCAAGGAGCCUUACCAAGCAUGCAUUUGGGCUCAUGACAGAAAGAGGGACUUCUUGGCAGGGACGAGAUUUGGUGUCCACAAAUCCUUAAGGAUUCUUAAAUGUCUUAAAAUGUCAAGAUUCAAAACAUAACAUUUUAUCUGUUGCAGAACGAAUGACCAAUUGUAAAAAAAAAAAUAAAAAUAAAAUAAAAUAAAAUCUGUAUUCUAAAUAGCUUGCACUCCUGUUAGAAGGUGGUGUAUCAG